ACAUUCAAUGUUCUGUAUUGACUGUCGACGUACUCCCGAACGCAAUGCAGGAUUCCCGGUCUCCUGAUCAUCGUCGCCGCGCGCCACAUACAUGGCUGUGGAGAAUGACGUCCCCGCCGUCGGCGGCGGGGAGAGCUCAAUGCAGGCCCUCGUGCAGGCCUUUGCCAUGAUUAUUGUUUCUGAAAUUGGCGAUAAGACCUUCCUCAUUGCUGCCAUUCUCGCUAUGCGCCAUCCCCGCGCCAUCGUCUUCGCAGGCGCGUUCGGCUCGCUCGUCGUCAUGUCCGUGCUCUCGGCCUCGCUGGGACACCUGCUACCAACCCUUAUCCCGAAGCGCUGGACGCAAGCCCUCGCCGCGGUGCUCUUCCUCGUCUUCGGCUGCAAGAUGCUCCAGGAAGCCCGCGAGAUGAAGGCUGGGAACGACAAGAUCCGGGAGGAGAUGAAGGAGGCCGAGGAGGAGAUUGAGGAGAGCGAGGCUGCCACGGUGAGCCCUGCGAACGGAAAUGCCCUCCCGCUGGAAGAGCUCGAGGAGGGCGGCCGCGCCCGGCACGCACGCAAGCGCUCCCAGUCCACGACUCGCGCCCAGAGUCUCGUGGAGAAGUCACGUAACUACUUGAGCGUGGUCCUUGGCCCACAUUUCACACAGGCGUUCAUACUCACGUUCCUGGGCGAGUGGGGAGACCGAAGCCAGAUUUCGACCAUCGCGCUUGGCGCGGCGCAUAACGUCUAUCUCGUCACACUGGGGACAAUCGUGGGGCACGGCUGCUGCACGGCCCUUGCGGUCAUCGGCGGACGCUAUGUAUCCACGAAGAUCUCCGUCAAGCAUGUCACACUCGCCGGGAGCGGGCUCUUCAUACUGUUCGGCAUUAUCUAUCUCUACGAAGCAUUUCACUCUAUCGAUAUAGACGUCUCCGAUAUCACAUAUCCGUCAUGACUGUACCAUUGUGCACAUAGCUUAUGUCCCAGUAUUCUUAGACAUGUUCUAAUGACUGCAUCAU